UUUUGUCGGCUGCUGAUUAUCGGGUAGUGGGUGCCGACUGCCGAGCCGACUGCCGAGCUUACGAGAUUUGAAUUGAGUCAAGGUCCAAGACUCUAAACUAAAUUGAUUGUUAUUUUUCAAACUUGACCUGAAUAAGAGAAAUUAUUUCUUCCUUUGGGGUGUGAGUGUUUGCUGCACAGAUAUAGAUACCUGAUAGAUAUCAGAUUAUCAGGGUCAGAUAUUUAAUAAUUUAAAUUCUCUUGAACACUUUAAAACAUGGAUGACCUUUGGGGAGAUGACGAUCUAGAUGCUGAUGUAGUUGAAGAAUGUGUUUUGCUUGCUACCCAAGCCAGCUUCUGUUCCUCCCCAAAACUCCAGCCACAGUGUCCAGAAACUAGUUUCACAGAAUGUAAACCCAAGUAUACCUUCGAGUUCAAACAACCUAGUACUAGCCAUCAGCCUCAAGUUCAACAGGCAAGUCAAAAAGUUGCACCAUCAAUGAGCAGAUCUCUGUCUUUGAUAGAACCCCAAAUCAACAAAAGCAUAGCCUCAGCCAACUUAAUAGAUGCAGCAGAGCUAGAAAAACUGAAAGAAGAGAAUCGUAGGUUAUCUGAAACCAAUCUUGUGAAAAAUGGUGAAACCACCAUCCUACGAGCUGAUCUUCAAAACAUAAGAUCAGUGAUGGAGAAGAGGGAGGUUGAAGCAAAUCAACAGAUAUCUUCGUUACAAAAGAAAGUCACACAAAUUGAUAUGCAGUAUUCAAAACAACUGGAGGCAUCCAAAACUGAAAUGAAAUUUAAGGAAUUGGAACUAGAAGAAUUGCGUAACAAAUGCAAAAAAAUUGAACAGAACGUCAAAGAGCAUCAACAGAAGAACAUCAGAGUGCCGCCAACUCCAGCUCAAGAAUCCCCCAAUGGUAGAAAGUUUUUAAAUAGAGCGGCUUUCGAAAUGACGAAAUCUGAGGGGCGGAAAAUUGCCACUGUUGAAACUGGGAUCCAAACUGAAGCUUUUAAGCUAUUUCGUUUGGAUUCAUCAAAUAACGAACUCGGACUUGAUAAUGCUACCGACACUGCAAUUCUGAUCGAGAAACUUAAAUUCAGUCUUCUUUCCUCUGUCCCCAAUAACGGUUUUUCCUAUACGACUGUACUGGAACAGUUGGAAAUGCGAAUGAUUUCCGGUGCGGACCAAGAAAAUUUGGUUAAAUUAUUCCAUAGCAGUGAACCUAGCGUAGCUGAAAUGAUAUGCAGCAACUUGGAAAGCCUCAAAAACACAGAUAGGUUGAAAUCGCACAUUGAAUUUUUGGGUUGCUGGAUCACUCAUAUUUUGCCGUUUAUUGAAAAGCCGAAGCAAGACCGCCUAAUUCAGACCGUUCUUUCAGAAGUAAGGCGGACAUCCUUUAUCGAUAUGAUGAGUAUCUUGUCAGCCAUCAUAGCCUGCUUUGGUUUAUCUCCAAUUUGCAACCGACAAUCCGGUUGCCUACUUGAGAGAGUUGCUCUAAAUCUAAAGGAUGCUUAUCCAUCAUUAACGGCAGAAGAUCAGUUUCAGGCCUCUCAAAAGCUGGUCCUUACUCUAUCAACCAUGCUAACUUCCCCUGCGACGGAAAAUCUGAAAAAGUGCUUGUGCAUUCCUCAUUUACUGAAAGCACUUGUUUUCGUUGUUCAGCAUCAAACUGAAAUUGAUGGACUUACACCUUACGCUGCAGAUCGUAGGCUGAAAAUGCUUGUACAAGCUUUCAGGUUGGCACUUGGUGUUUUGAGUUCUCGUCGGGAGCCUUGGGUAACGUACAAACAUUCGCCGGCUGAAGCGAAUCGUCUGUAUACAGUCCUAACGGCAAUCUCUGUAGAAUUUCCUCUUCCAAAUGAUACAAGCCAAGAGAUUAACGUUUCGGCAUUUACUUUGCCUGGAUUUGGAUUUUAGGGUUGAGUCGAAUGGCUUUGCUGACCAUGUGUGAUUAAAAUGUUAAUGUGAUAUUAUGAAAUAAUGUGCUCUUACCCCAGGCGAAUUUUCAACAACCAAUACAGAAAGAUUUUAUCUAA